AUGCCGCUCCCGAAUCGCACCGCUACCGUCGUCAUUCUGAUGGCCGCUACAGCUCACGGCCUGGAGAUACUGAGCGUUGGUGAGAAUGAGAUCCGAGGAACUUCGAUGGGGCGACGUCAAGGAGGCCGCCCUGUACCCAAGCCUAGAGCUAAGUCAUUCCAGGACACGACUAAAGUACAGAGCCCUAACCAAUUCUAUGAGAGUGAUUAUUCAGCCGUCGAAGCUCGGCGAUAUGAAACGGAGGCACACGCUCGAUAG